GUGUUAAUGAGUAACUUAUACCAAGGAUUAAUCGUUUUUAUGUCUCGACACUCAAUUAUCGGAAAUAUCUGUAUAUUUUUUUACUACACGAAAAAUAGCACGUGAGUCAGCUGGCAUAACCAACUCAAACCUGUCCUGUUCUAAUGUGAAUUCCUUGUUAUUCACGAGACCAGACUACGUGAUGACCAAGAUAGACAAAAUUUUGCAGCACCGACCAGAUAGUUUAUUUUCGUGGAUCGUUAGCGUAUGUUCUUGUGUUUGCCAAGCACUUAAUCUUGGUUUUGCGCUCAGCUUUGGAGUGCUUCUCCCAGAGUUAAUGAAGGAGUUUGGGGAAAGUCGACAGAAAACUGUGUGGGUCGGAUCUCUUGCUAUUGGUUUAACCUUUUUCCUUGGCUCUCUGGGAUCACUUUUGUGCCAAACCAUCGGAUGUCGCUUCACCUCUAUUCUUGGCUGUCUAGUUUGUGCCGUGAGCUUGUUAGUGACACCGCAUUCUACAAGUCUUGAAUGGAUGUUUUUAACUUACGGAUGUGUGUUUGGCAUAGGGUCAGCAUUGAUGCUUUCGUCCUACUUUCUCAUAACAGCAAAGAACUUUCGCAAAUGGCAAUCUCUCGCCGUGGGAAUCGUCACAGUCGGGGGCAGCAGUGGACUUCUCAUUAUGGGCCCUUUACUACAGCUCCUGAUUGACAUAUUUGGUUGGAGAGGAACUUACAGAAUCCUUAGUAUACCUUUUUUUGUAAUGGCGUGCGUAUGUGGGGUUACUUUCGGUGAUCCUCUUCCAGAUACUUCAGAGGACCUGUCACGUAAUUGCAAAACAAACCAGUGCAACUCAAAGCUCCUCUCUGAGAGCGAAGGACAUCCCGAAAUGGAGAUGAACGCGAUCGACAAAAAGCAAACCACAGUUAAUGAGGAGAGGAAGGUAAAGAUUUUUGAAAGCGAAUGCCAAACAGAGACCCAGCAAAUAAGCCAAAUGAGAUCUUCGCAUGCUGCGGCCAAAACGGAUGGCAGUAGGGAAGCAAACUGUUUGGGCAAAUUGAACGCGCUUUUGGACUUCUCUGUAUUCAAGAUACCAUGUUAUACGGUGGCGGUUUUAAGUCUGUGUCUGAUGAAGUUUGGACAUUUCAUUCCACAAAUACAUAUGGUAAACUAUUGCCUCGAACUCGGUAUUUCUGCUGACUCAGCAUCCAGGUUUUUUAUACCUUUUGGUCUAUUAUCCUCCGUGGCUCGUGUUGUAACAGGGAGGAUUUGUGACGUCAUCUGGGUAAAUACUACUUAUAUUUACCAGUUUGGGGCUUUACUCGACGGGUUUGCAAUUGUCGUGCUUCCAGUGAUAAGAAACUACACAGGAAUUCAAGUUUUUGCUGUGAUUUAUGGUAUUGCUGAUGGUGUCUUGAUCUCGACGAUGAACUCACUUCUUAUGUUUAGUGUGGACGAAAAGCGCAGAGCGGCCGCGUUAGGUCUGGGAAAUAGUUUACUGUCACUGGCAAUAGCGUCUGGACCUCCUUUUGCAGGAUUCCUGAUUGAUGUGUCUGAUUGCUACACCUGGCCAUUUUUUAUUGCUGGAAUUGUGCUACAUGUAGCUGGUCUGGUGCCACUGGUUCUGUUCUGCUUGAAGGAGAAGGCGCGUAAGGAUGACGACUUGAAAAACGAUAAAAUUCGGAAACCACUCUUGUAAGUUAUUGAUGUACACAUUUCCGAAAUAUUAAGCAAAUGCUAAUCAGCAGGAUUCUUAAGGAAAAAAUAAGUCACAUCAUUUUAUAAAGAAUUUGAAUAUUUACGAGGGCUUCUUAGGGAAAAAAUAAGUCAUCAAUUUAUAAAGAAUUUGAAUAUUUACGAGGGCUUCUUAGGGAAAAAAUAAGUCACAUCAAUUUAUAAAGAAUUUAAAUAUUUGCGAGGGCUUUUGCAAAUAAAAGGAAAAAACACAAAUUGAACCAUUUUUGGGCGGUUACCUCCCAUUUCAUGAGUUCAGACCUUACUUGUUGAAGUAAUAGAAUAGUUGCCUUGUAGAAUUCUUUGUAGGAGAUCGAUGAAGCAGAGUACAUCAGGCAUUGACAGCACAAAUUAUUGUAAAGAAAAGUCUCUAAACAAAAGUGUAUAAGAGUUAAUUUGAAAGUUUCUUUUGCAACUAACAUUAAUAGUGAAGCAGAUACUUCGAUUUCUCCGGGUAUGUUAUCCUUUUAUCUUAAAUUAUUACUCUGAAGUGAAGCGGCUUCAUUUAAGACUAAAUAUUUUAGAUAAAAACAAAAAUGAUGAUGCCUACAAAGAUUAUACAUAGCGUUGUAUAUUUUACUUGCUUUUGCGGCCAACAAGACUUUUCCUCUUAAAAAACGAAAUAAUAUUGAUUUCGCAAG